AUGGAAAGGAUAACAGGGGGCCAAAGCAUACGAAAAUGUACGUCUCGAAACAGUUUUCAUAACGGGAGAACUGAUUCUAAGAAACGAAAACAAACAUUGGAGACUACGUACAAAUAUAUAUACAACCGUAAGCUUCUAAUUGGAGGCCUUUACGAUGGCCAGAUUGGCAUCGCUUCGGUGGCACUUGCUUUGUUUCAGUCGCUCAAUGAUGCCGGCAAAUCCUUGACACCGCUCCUACCGAACUUGGUUGGAGGGACUCGAUUAUCGAUAAAUUGA